AUGGCUCUUCCUUCUCACCUCUUUCUCUUUCUUCUUCUUCUCUCAGGUUAUAAUACAGGUUCGGCCACGGUGUUCACCCUGGAAAAUCGUUGCAGCUACACGGUAUGGCCUGCCACACUUUCAGGUAACGGAGCUGCCAUUCUGGGCGACGGUGGAUUCUCCUUGGCGCCUGGAUCCUCUCGUCAACUCACUGCUCCAUCCGGCUGGUCCGGACGCUUCUGGGCCCGAACCUCCUGCAACUUCGAUUCCUCCGGAAACGGCAAAUGCGCUACCGGCGACUGCGGUGGACUCCGGUGCACUGGUGGCGGCGUUCCUCCCGUCACGCUCGCUGAGUUCACACUGGGAACGCCUAGCAAUGUUAAGGAUUUCUACGACGUGAGCCUGGUCGAUGGUUAUAAUGUGGGAAUGGGUGUGAAGGCAACCGGGGGAACCGGUGACUGCCAGUACGCGGGCUGCGUUGCGGAUUUAAAUGCUAACUGCCCCAGUGAGCUGCAGGUCAGGAAUGGAGCUUCCGUGGUGGCGUGCAAGAGCGCCUGCGCGGCGUUUAACACGGCCGAAUUUUGCUGCACCGGCGACCACUCCACACCGGCGACAUGUGGACCCACGCAGUACUCGGAGAUGUUCAAACGUGCGUGCCCAACCGCUUACAGUUACGCAUACGACGACGCUUCCAGUACUUGCACAUGUGCCGGCUCCGAUUACCUGAUCACAUUUUGCCCCUCCCAGUGACCGCUUUACAUUACAUUACUAGUGAGCGUUGCAUUAUGUUGGUUCAAUAAUCAUAUUAGUCAUAAAAUUCAAUCAUUGUGGUAACUGAAGGUAAAAAGGAAAAAAAAAAAUUCAUUGUAGUAAUUAUAUUGAUUAAUUAUGGUUAUAAUUUUGGGGUCCUGCCAUAUAUACGUGUUACUUGAUGGCGGUGUUGGAUUCUGUGCAAAUUCAUGGUUUUUUCCCUCGAGAGUGAAGGGUCGUUUGUUUCAAUUGUAGUUUCUUCGGUUUAUUGAUAGAUGAAUCUUUAGAUAUGGUGAGAAC